AUGGAAUCAACUGACCCAGUCGACUUCGACGAGACCGGCACCAAGGUGCUGAGCCCAUCCACCCUAGCACACGUUGUCCUUCGCACCGGUCAGUUCAAGAAGAUGACUGACUUUUACGUGACCUUUCUGGGAGGCCAUGUUACCGUCGGCAAUGACUUUCUCAGUUUUAUCACAUAUGACGAAGAACACCAUCGUAUCGCAUUGAUCGGAGACCCGAACACGGUUGGCAAAGGGAAAAACACUGCUGGGCUGGAACAUAUUGCUUUCACGUUUCCCACCUUGUCAGCACUGCUGCUUGCCUACCGACAGCGUAAAACUCGUGGUAUUUCACCUGCCUGGUGCGUCAACCACGGCCCUACCACGUCCAUCUACUACAAAGAUCCCGAUGGCAACAUGCUGGAAACACAAGUCGACAACUUUGAUACAGUCGAAGCAGCUUCUGAGUACAUGAAUGGCAAGGAGUUUAUAGAGAAUCCCGUCGGCACUGAUUUCGAUCCGGAGGAUAUGAUCCAGAACAUCAAGGAUGGCAGAUCAGAGAGUGAGCUGAAGAAGAGGGUGGAGAUUGGUCCCAGGGAGAUCCCUGACUUUGACGCUAUGUAG